GACGAAUCACAAGAACACUUUAUAGACAUCCAGAUUUCAUCAGAUGAUGAAAACAAUGACAAUGACCCUGUGUUGGACUUUGAACAAGAUUUAUAUGAGCAAGCCUUAUUUUCAACAGAACUUGAAAGUGAUCCGUGGAAAGAAUUUAAUGCAGAAGACAUACCAGUUUUACAAAAAAUAAACUAUGAGAAAACCGGUGGUGAAUUCACUGAAGAAAUUCCUUUG